AAAUUAAUGUAUAGAAAUUUAUUGAAAUUACGCUAUGGAUUUCAAGCAUGUAUAAAUAUAGAUCAUAAACAUAAUAGAAGCAACAUAAUUAACUCCAAUAAAGAUGACAGUUAGAGAAGCAAUAAAUCUUGCAAUGGAUGAAGAGUUAGCUAAUGAUCCAAAUGUAUUUUUGAUAGGUAGAAGAUUGAAAGUAAUACUUUAGGUGAGGAAGUAGGACAAUUUUAAGGAGCAUAUAAAGUAUCUAAAGGACUGUUUUAAAAGUAUGGAGGUGAUAGAAUAAUUGAUACACCAAUAACCGAAGCUGGAUUUACAGGAAUUUCAGUAGGUGCUGCACUUUAUGGAUUGAAACCAAUAGUUGAAUUUAUGACUUGGAAUUUUGCAAUGCAAGCAAUAGAUCAUAUAAUAAAUUCUGCAGCAAAAGCUCAUUAUAUGAGUGCUGGUGAUUAGAAAGCAUCUAUAGUAUUUAGAGGGAUUAAUGGGUAAAAAAUGAAUAAUAUGAUUAAGAGCAACUGCAUAUGUAGCAGCUUAACAUUCUCAAUGUUUUGCUUCAUGGUAUAGUAAUGUACCAGGAUUAGUAGUACUAGCACCUUUUGAUUGUGAUGAUGCAAAAUCAUUAUUAAAAGCAGCAAUUCGUAAUCCAAACCCAGUUGUGUUUUUGGAGAAUGAAAUUUUAUAUAGUGAAUCAUAUGAAUUAUCAGCUGAAGCCAGAGAUCCAAAUUAUAUUGCUCCUAUUGGAAAAGCUAAGAUUAUGAGAAAAGGUGAACAUGUUACAAUUGUAGCAUUCUCUAAAAUGGUUGAAUAUUCUCUUAGAGCUGCAGAAUAACUAUUUCGUGAAGGAAUUAGUUGUGAAGUUAUUAAUUUAAGAAGUUUAAGACCAUUAGAUAGACAUACUAUUAUUGAAAGUGUUAAAAAAACAGGAAGAGUUGUUUGUGUUGAAGAAGGAUGGCCAUAAUCUGGAAUUGGAGCUGAAAUUACAGCACUUAUUAUGGAAGAAGGAGCUUUUAAAUAUUUAGAUGCUCCUGUUUAAAGAGUUACUGGAGUUGAAAUACCUACACCUUAUGCUUUUAAUUUAGAAGCUAUGGCAUUUCCUAAAACAGAACAAAUUAUUGAUGCUGUCUUAAACGUAUUAAAAGGAGCUCGUUGAUUUAUUAAAUUAUAAAAUGAAUUAAUUUAUAAGUCUUUAAUAAAGUGAUAUCCUUUAUUUAAAAUAUUUUGGAAAUAAUUCCAAUCUUAAAGACAAAGUCAUUAAAAAUUAAAAAAUCAAAAGUUAUCACUAAGAUUUCUGAUAGUCUAAUCAUCCCUAUCAAAUAUACUAAUAGGAUUUCUCUUUUAAAAUAUUUUACAGAAAAAUAGCUGUAUAUUUUCUAUGAAAGGAGAUCAAUAAUUUUAAUUAUGACAAUCUAUUUUAUAAUUCUGUUUGUAUUAAAAAUUAAAUCGAAAAUAUUUCCAUGUUAUCAAAUAAAUAAGAAAAUAAAAUAUUAUGUGAUCCCAAAAAUUAAAGAUUUUUUAAGAUGCAACUCUAAAAGGCUUCCACAAAUUUAUAACAAUCUCGUAAGAAUAUUUAUUAAACUUUAAAAAAUAAAAUAGAUUUAUAUGUUAAGUUUUAAAAUCUUUUUGAUGCCAUCAAUAAUUUAGCUAAUAUUUCUGAAAUUAAUUUUAGACUCAUUAAUUAACAAUAAAAACAACACAAAAUAUUUAACAAGGAAUAAUCGUAAAUUUAUAUUAAAGAUUGCUUCAAUUAUUAGUGACACUUUGUUGCUUGAAGAUCUUAUUUAACAACUUCAAUGAUUUUUUAAUAUUNCUGCAUAUGUAGCAGCUUAACAUUCUCAAUGUUUUGCUUCAUGGUAUAGUAAUGUACCAGGAUUAGUAGUACUAGCACCUUUUGAUUGUGAUGAUGCAAAAUCAUUAUUAAAAGCAGCAAUUCGUAAUCCAAACCCAGUUGUGUUUUUGGAGAAUGAAAUUUUAUAUAGUGAAUCAUAUGAAUUAUCAGCUGAAGCCAGAGAUCCAAAUUAUAUUGCUCCUAUUGGAAAAGCUAAGAUUAUGAGAAAAGGUGAACAUGUUACAAUUGUAGCAUUCUCUAAAAUGGUUGAAUAUUCUCUUAGAGCUGCAGAAUAACUAUUUCGUGAAGGAAUUAGUUGUGAAGUUAUUAAUUUAAGAAGUUUAAGACCAUUAGAUAGACAUACUAUUAUUGAAAGUGUUAAAAAAACAGGAAGAGUUGUUUGUGUUGAAGAAGGAUGGCCAUAAUCUGGAAUUGGAGCUGAAAUUACAGCACUUAUUAUGGAAGAAGGAGCUUUUAAAUAUUUAGAUGCUCCUGUUUAAAGAGUUACUGGAGUUGAAAUACCUACACCUUAUGCUUUUAAUUUAGAAGCUAUGGCAUUUCCUAAAACAGAACAAAUUAUUGAUGCUGUCUUAAACGUAUUAAAAGGAGCUCGUUGAUUUAUUAAAUUAUAAAAUGAAUUAAUUUAUAAGUCUUUAAUAAAGUGAUAUCCUUUAUUUAAAAUAUUUUGGAAAUAAUUCCAAUCUUAAAGACAAAGUCAUUAAAAAUUAAAAAAUCAAAAGUUAUCACUAAGAUUUCUGAUAGUCUAAUCAUCCCUAUCAAAUAUACUAAUAGGAUUUCUCUUUUAAAAUAUUUUACAGAAAAAUAGCUGUAUAUUUUCUAUGAAAGGAGAUCAAUAAUUUUAAUUAUGACAAUCUAUUUUAUAAUUCUGUUUGUAUUAAAAAUUAAAUCGAAAAUAUUUCCAUGUUAUCAAAUAAAUAAGAAAAUAAAAUAUUAUGUGAUCCCAAAAAUUAAAGAUUUUUUAAGAUGCAACUCUAAAAGGCUUCCACAAAUUUAUAACAAUCUCGUAAGAAUAUUUAUUAAACUUUAAAAAAUAAAAUAGAUUUAUAUGUUAAGUUUUAAAAUCUUUUUGAUGCCAUCAAUAAUUUAGCUAAUAUUUCUGAAAUUAAUUUUAGACUCAUUAAUUAACAAUAAAAACAACACAAAAUAUUUAACAAGGAAUAAUCGUAAAUUUAUAUUAAAGAUUGCUUCAAUUAUUAGUGACACUUUGUUGCUUGAAGAUCUUAUUUAACAACUUCAAUGA